CUCCUUUGCUGCAUGGGGAGUUGGUCCCCUCCAGGCGAGGGCAGGAAGCCUGCCGAGGAGCUGGGGGACAACCCGGGGCAAGGGCUGUGUGCAAGGCUGGUGGCGAGGCCGGAGGGCCUCGACAGGGGUCAGGAACAGGGCCUGAGGCCCGUGGUGACCCGGACGGCCUCGGGGCCGACCCUGGAGUUCUGGCAGGCCGUCCUGAAUGGGGACGUGGGCACAGUCUCCCGUCUGCUGGCUACCCCUGGGACCAGCCUGGCUCCCGACACCGUCUUUGACACCAGUGAUCCAGAGCGAUGGAGGGAUUUCCGCUACAACAUCCGGGCUCUGAGACUGUGGUCCCUGACUUACGAGGAGGAGCUGACCACCCCCCUGCACGUGGCCGCCGGCCGGGGCCACCUCGAGGUGCUGCAGCUGCUGCUGAGGCGCGGGGCCCGUCCGGACCGGGCUCCCGGAGGCCGCACCGCCCUGCAUGAGGCCUGCGCUUCCGGCCACGCUGCCUGCGUCCGACUGCUGCUGAUCGCGGGGUCCGACCCCAACAUCCUGGAUGAGAACGGGAGACCCCCCUUGCACCUGUGUCAGGGUCCUGGUGCCCUCGAGUUGAACGUUGGGGAGGGGGGCACCCCCAGAUGUGCGGAGCUGUUGCUGAGGUUUGGGGCGAAGGUGGACGGCCGCUCGGAGGAGGAGGAAGAGACACCCCUGCACGUGGCGGCCCGCGCCGGGCUGACCGGGCUGGUCGGGUUGCUGCUGACCCGGGGGGCACACCCAGACGCCCAGGAUGCCACGGGCCAGACGCCACUGCUGGCCGCCUGUGCCAGCCCCAGCCCGCCCCCAGGAGCUGAGGGAGCCGGGCAGGCCGCCGGCCACCGCCUCCAAGUGUGCCACCUCUUGCUGGCCAGUGGGGCCACCGCCGAUGCCGCCGACCAGGACCGGCGCCGCCCGCUGCACCUGGCCUGUCGCCAUGGCGACACCGCGGUGGCCGAGCUGCUCCUGGCCCGGGGCGCCAGCGCCAACUCCAUGGACUACAGCGGGCUGACCGCCCUGCACUGCGCCCUGCAGGGCCCGCUGCCCACCCAGACGCACGGCCUGGAGCACCUCGUCCGGGCCCUGCUCAACCAUGGCGCCGUCCGCAUCUGGCCCGGGGCCCUGCCCAAGGUGUUGGAGCGCUGGUGUGCGUCUCCGCGGACCAUCGAGGUUCUGAUGAACACGUACAGCCGUGUGCAGCUGCCAGAAGCGACCAAGGACCUCAUGUCCCCUGAAGUCAUGCAGAAAUACGACAACUUCUACUCCUCCCUCUUCUCCCUGACGGGACAACCACGCUCCCUGAAGCACCUGAGUCGCUGUGCUCUGCGCUCACACCUGGCUGACCGCCUGCCCCAGGCCCUGCCCCGCCUGCCCCUUCCCCCUCGCCUGCUCCGUUAUCUGCAGCUGGACUUCGAGGACAUUCUCUACUGAGGGAGUCCCAUGCCUUGGGCCUGGCCACGGAGCCUUCAUGGGUGGAGGUGGGGGUCCCUGGGAGGCAGAAUGGCCGAGCAGAAAGACCCCAGACCUAGGUGUCGGGGGGACCUACGUUCUACUCUCAGCCCUGCUUCUUACCUGCUGGGUGACCUUGGGCAAGUCACUUCACUUCU